CUCUCUCCCCCUCUCUCACACACACACGGUCUCGCUCCCUCUCUCACACACAGAUCAGCUUCCUUGCCACCCACUCGCAGGCACAGAGAGGACCAGUCAGAGCGUCUUGAGGAGCCAGCCUUCUCUUUCGCCUGGCAUUGCCAGAGCAGGUGGCCCCAGCCCUGCUUUCUCCUGACCCCCCAGAGCACCAGGCGAUCUCUCUCUCUCUCUCGCACUCUCUCUCUCUCCCCUCCUUCCCCUCACUCGCAGGCGCUCGCUCGCCCGCUCGCGGACAGGCUGCCAGACUCGCCAGCACAACAGCCCCCUCAGCUAAUUCCAUUAUAUAUUCCGUCUGGAAGCUAUAGGGCUGCUUUCUAAUUGCUUUGUAUCCCCCUGAGUCCCGUGAACAUGGCUGCAAAGGGAAGGAGGAAGUCGAGUUAGAGAGAGGCGGCCGCUGACAGGGAAUAUUCGUGCCGUUUCACCUUGCAGGGGAUUUACUCCUGCCCGGCUGAGCUGGGAAGAACGAGGAACAAGCCUGACCGUGUCUGCAGAGAGAGGAGCCCGAGCCGGAGUCAUGCAGUCCUUCAGAGAACGGAGUGGUUUCCAUGGCAACCAGCAGUGCUACCAGCAGGAGACACAUGAAUUAUCACGCCUUGAGAAUUACAGACAUCAUCACAGCCAGACCAGACAGGGCUACGAGGCACAUUCGCUCGCGGCCGCGGGGACGAAAGACUGCUACAGCCAGCAAGCCUACCCGGCCUACGGCAGCGGCUCGGCCCCCGCGGACAAGCAAUACAAGGGAACCAAACUGCCGGGCCAGCUCCUGCCCAGCGGGCCCUCCGCCGGCGGCUACAGUGGCCACCUGGGCUCAGCGUACCCGGCCCAGUACAUGAGCGAGGGGCACCUGCCGCAGAAGUGGGACGACUCCGCGCACUCGCACCUGCCCCAGUACGAGCAGGAGCUGGUGGGCCGGCUGGAGCCCGCAGCCGGCGGCGGGCCCGGCGGGGGCCAGUACCUCGACCAGACCCUGCUCCCCAUUUCCCAGAGCCAGUGCGCCCACCCCACCCAGCCCAACCCCCCCGUCUACACCACCCAUCCCCAAGCGAAACUGCCCCAGGACACCUCCCCGUCCCCCAUGACCUACACCCAGGGGCCCAUGCACUUCCCCCAGCACUCCCAGUCUCUCUCCUCCUCAACGCCCUCCUACCCGGCCGUGGAGAAGUGCAGCCAGACGCCCCACUGCUACAAGAGUUACGCCAUGCCGCCAACUUCCCAGUACAACCGGCAGCUGGGGAGCAGCAGCAUCAAGCAGAGUGGCUACAGAGCCCAGGGCAGCUACACGUACCAGCAGGCUCCCUCCAGGGCCGGCUACGAGCAGCAGGCCCUGUCCGGCGCCCAGGACGGGCUUUCAAAAUACCAACAUUUCAGCCAGCCCCCACAGAACUACUGCCUCUCCGACAUCUCGGUCAGGUCCCCCGAGCAGUACUACCAGAACUGCAGCCCCAGUUCGAGCCACUCCCCGGCCCGGUCUGUCGGGAGGUCUCCUUCCUACAGCUCCACCCCUUCGCCCCUGAUGGUCAAUCCCGAGUCCUUCCAGUACAGCCAGCCCCCCAUCACGACGGGGGCCGCCUCCUCCUCCUCCUCCUCCGCCAGCGGGCUGAGAGAGCAGAGCUUGCUGAUGCCCCCCCACUCUCACGCCUCCCCCAGCCUCAACCCUCAGACCGCCAGCUUCGCGGGCUCCCUCAAGGACCGCUUUUCCGAGAAGCUCCUGUCCAACCCCAGCCUGUGGAGCCUCAACGCCCUGACGUCUCAGGUGGAGAACAUUUCCAACAACGUCCAGCAGCUCCUGCUCUCGGAGGCCAUGGUGGCCAACAAGAAGAGCAGCAAACGCAACCAGAAGAAGACGGAGGACUUCAAGGGGCAGCUGAGAGCCCUGGAGGACGGGUCGUGCCCAGAUGCCCAGCUGGCCACGCCCGUGCCCGAGCCCUUUGGCACGCCGCAGUCCGUCCACACGGAGCUGCAGGAGGGCGAAUACUCCAGCAGCUCGGAAGACCAGUUAGAGAGGAGCUACUACUACUGUGGCCAAAGCAGGAGCCCAGCCCAGCCCACUACAAACUCCCAGCACGCGCUGGAGACCGUGUCCUCCUGCUCCGCGACGUCCCCCGACGUCUUGUCCACCAAGUCCGACGACUCGGCCCACAGCCUGCCGAGCGCGGAGGCCGGGGAGAACCUCGCCACCUUGCUCAAGAGCAUAGGAGAGGAGAAGUCCCCCAAAGGGGCCCUCACCCCCAGUCCCCUGAAGCCGGAGCAGGACUCCCCCGAUGACAUCCAGCGCCUGAAGGACUCCCUGAAGGAGAACUUCGAAGAGUCGGCCUGGCUGGAGAAGACGGGCGAGGAGAGGGAGGAGCCGAAAGAGCGGCUGUCUGUGGACGGAGAUGGAGACGGAGACGGAGACGGAGCCGCCGAGAUCCGCGCGGCGGAGCCAGACGGCUGGCCCGACCAUGACAAAUACCCGUCCCUGUUUCAGAAGAUCAGCAAGGCGCUGGCAGGCAAGAGCUACCCAAGCGACAUGGAGGAGCAGAUAUAUCAGGAACUGCAGAACCAAUAUGUUCCGGAUGACGGAGGCAGUGGGGAGAAGCCAUCAAGCCCUUCAGACUUCAACUGCAAGACUGACAUGGUUUCUGAUGUGGAGGCUGAGAUAUAUAAAUCAGAGUUUCCCACCGAUUCAGACGCCUCAGGGAAAACCGUUCCAUUCAGCUGGAGCAAUGACCUUGUACAAGAUCAAUAUUUAACCAUGAAAGAGGACGACUCAGAGUUUCCGCAUUUUGAUUCCAGGAGCGAAUUGUUUGAGGAGAAGCUUUCAGCAGCCGAGAGAGAGAAGCAGGAAGCUUUUGAAGAGCAGCACUCUGUCCUUUCCAGCCGAGCCACUGGAGCGAGAGAGGGAGAGGAUAGCUCGCCGUCCUCUGAGGAGGCCAUGAAUAAUAAAACAUGGGCCCAGGAGUCUGGGGAAAUCGGCAGCCCAGCCCCGGAGCAAGUAAACAGGGCUGCUGCCGCCACAGAGACACAAGACGCAGGCUUUCCGAGCUCCGAAAGGAGGUCAGUCAUUUGCGAUAUCUCACCUUCCAGGCAGCCUGCUAAGGCAGCUUUCUCGGGGCUUAAUGAAGAAGCAACACCUCUGUCCCAAGUGAGGGAGCAUAUCGAUCGCCACGACGCCGUGGUGCUGGAGCCCGACUCUCCACAGCUGCCAGGCAAGUCGAUGCUGCACUCUGCCCCCUCCUGGGUCGACACCCCGCCCUCGCCGAAGAAGGGUGACGAGGAGAUAGACCCCCGCAUCGACGGCCCGACUGGAGUGACACCUUCCACCAAGGCUGAGUCCCCCCCGCCCUCGGCGCAUCUCACGCCCUUCCACAGGAAGCACGCAGAGGACAAGAGCAGCCAGUCGGGAAGAAUAAUGCACACAAGCGUGAGGAUCCGCAGGCUUUCCAGCGGGGUUGGAGAGGCGCUGCCGGGCACCCCUCAAGAGAUGAGCAUGCCCUCAAGCAAGAGCAUCACCGUGACAGAUCAGACAGGCGUGAUGCACAAGGACCUGUCCAGCCAGACAACGAAGCUUUUUCCCGAGAGCUUCCCUUCCAGGAUGUGCACCAGGUCCUUCACGGCCCUGGCUGCCCCCAAAGCUUGCAUCCACCUGAAAAGGCAGGUGGCCACAAAGCUCGCAAAGGGAGUAGCCGCAAAGGAGACGCUCCCCAAGAUCAAGUGGAAGAAGCAGAAAGGCCCCAAGCCGGCUCUCAUAGGUCACCUCAAGAGCAAGAAGACUCUGAGUGAGAGCAGCUCACAGGACGAAAACCACGACUCCAGCUUGCCUCCGGCUGCGCCUGGUAAAGACCCGAGAGCCAUGGUGCUGAGGUCAAGGAAGCCAGCGCAGGAGAAGCCCCUGAAGCACAAGGGAAAGGACAAGAGGACGCCUUGCGCUCUGCCCAGGAAGCUGAAGGACACGAAGAAGCACAAGGCCUCCUUCCAGAAAGAGGCGGCGCGCGGGAGCCCCAAGCAGGCCCUGGCGGGGUCCCAGCGCAGCGUGGUCUACAGGAUCAAGCCGGAAGAGAAGGCCAGCCCCCCUCUGAAGAGGAAGGCGAGCUGCCUCUCUCCUGUCCCCGUGAAAAAGCGGAGAGGUGGGAAGGCGGGCAGGGGGGACGGCUUCCAGGCCCCGUUAAAGAACAAGCCGGGGGGCGUGAAGGCUCCCAGCAAGAGGCUGCGGCAGGGAGAGCACCUCCUCACCAAAGACACCCCCCUGGCGGCCGUGAGUGGUGGCCACUGCCUGCCCCCUCAGUACCCCCCCAAAACAAAGUACCUGCCCCCCCGCAAGGGCAGGGGCCUGAAGUAUGAGGCGCUGGUCCAAAAGAUCACGUCUCCGGGCGCGAAGAAACACUCCUCGAGCCCCCCAGGGGAGCCCUGCGCGGCGCAGGCUGCGGAGAACAGGGGCCCCGCGGAGCCAGCAGCGGGGGCCCCGGGAGAGGAGGGGGGCGCGCCCAACGCCACGGGGGCGCCGCACGUGGGCUUCGCCAGAGCCCCCACUUCCAAGAGGAAGAGAGUGGCGGCGGGGGAGGGCGUCGAGCCGCCCGAGGGGCCGCUGGAGUCCGGGGGCCUCGUGGUCCCCACGCCCAGGCUGGCCAAGCAGAGGGCGAUCAAGAACAACCACGAAAUGCAUCUGAAGCAGAGGAGGAAAAAGAGGAAAGCUCCUGCCUUUCCCCCCCCAGACUCUGCCCCCGCGGGCCAGCAGGCUCUGCCCCCGGCCCCUGCCCUGCCCCCCUCCGCGGGGCAACUCCCAGGCAGCCCCACGGGCCCCUCCGACACCGGCGCGGCGAAAAGGGGCGCGCGCAGGUCGGCGCAGACGAGACAGAGACAGGGGAGAGCUUCAGACAAGCCCAAAGCUGUCAAGCAGACGGGGCCCAACAGGCGAAACCGAAAACACCUGAGCGCGGUCAAGGCCAGGCGGGGCGGCCACAGGAGGCCCAGCGCUCCCGUCGUGGAGGAGAAACAGCCGGAGAUCCGUUUAAAAUACGUCACGUACAAGCCGCAGAAGAACGAAAACAAACCCUUCUUCAGCCCGUACGUGCACAUCGACAGCUCCAAAGAGUUUGCCGCUCUGUGUACGAUUGUUAACAGGCCUGAGGAAGAGUUUCUGCUCCUGAAUGCCAGAAAAAAGAGCUCGGCCAAGAUGAAAAGCCCUGCCCCAGUUGCUAAGGCGAUCCCCAACUCCUCGGUCAUGCUGCAGGGGCCGCUGGUCAACAAAAACCUCAUCGACAGGUGUCUAACCUGCUGCCUGUGCGGAAAGCCAGCAAAUUACAGGGAGCUGGGGGACUUGUGUGGCCCCUACUAUCCUGAAGACAGCAUACCGCGCAAGACGCUGUCUCUCAAGUGCAAGCUGGAGCCCAGGGAGGACCGAGCCAGGCUGAGCUGCGGCGCUGCGCGGAGCCCCCCCUCCCGGCCGGAGGGCGACAAGGGCCCCAGCGGCAGCGGCAGCGGCGCCCCGGGGCGGCCGAGGAGGGCGGAGCGGGCGGCGGGCGAGCCCGGCGCGCUGCGCCCCAAAUUCAGGGAGCGCUACCGGAAGCUGCAGCAGUUCCAGGGCUACGACCGGAGAGCCGCGGAGGGGGAGGCGGGCCCGGGCAAGCCGAAGGAGGCUCUGCAGAGGCUGGAGCUGGAGGCCGAGGCCAAGGAGCACUGGGUGCACGAGGCCUGCGCCGUCUGGACCAACGGGGUCUUCCUCGUCUCCGGGAAGCUGUACGGCCUGCAGGAAGCCGCGCUCGGCGCCGCCGCCUCGCGCUGCCUGAAGUGCCAGGAUCUUGGUGCGUCAGUGGGCUGCUGCAGUAAAGGAUGCCCUCAGAAAUUCCACUAUGUCUGUGCCAAAGAGAUGGGUUGCUCUUUACAAGAAGAAAACUUUUCAUUGAAAUGUCCAAAGCAUAAGGUAAGUGACCGUGUUAUGAUAGAAGGACAGAAGGUAAAGUAUUUGUGGAUGAAUCCAGUAUUUUUAAGAAGAACGGUGCCUGAGAUUAUUCUUCCUGACAACACUGCAACGGAAGGCUCAUUCUGCCAGCGGUGCCGGCUCUGAAAUCAGACCGAACUCUGCUUCCCUCGUCUGGGGUCACGGGCAACCUGAAUUUCCCAACACUGGAUGUGUUGCAUGAAGAAGUAGAGCUGUGUGCUGGUGUACUUGUGCGCUCGUGCGCUCGUGUGCUCGUGCCUCUGGGGAUUACAGCAGACCCUCACUGCCCUGCACCAGCUAUUGACUGCAGAGUGCUCAUCCGACAUUCACGUUAACACAGGCCGCUAAUUAAAUUCACAGAGACGUUCGCUCUUAAGAGCUGUACAAUUAUGGCAAUUCUCGCCUUUAUCUGAGUGCACAGCAUGCGACUGGUGUGCUGACGCACUAUCGGCUGUAAGUGCUAGAGCACUGUAGCACCUGCGUGCUCAGCCUGACAGGAUCUGAAUGCGCUGUGUGUUCAAGGACUGCAUAUUUAAAAUGGCUCAGACACUGAAAGAGCUCCAGAUAGCUGCCGCAGAUGUUGUUUUUCAGCAGUACCUCAGCCUGGGAGAAAUGAAGACAAGAAUCUGACUUCAACACCCAGAUCAAUGUCUCUGCGUCCUCCCUGCUCUCUUCAGUGGACCAGCGGAGGGGGGGAGGGGGGCUGAACCAUUUUAGCUGUAUCGCCUGGUCCAGUGGCGCAGUGCUCAGCACUGUAGCAUCACAGCGCAGGGGCCCACCUGGGGAGAACAUGCAAACUCCAUGCAGGUGGCACCCUGUGUUCACGGGGGUGUCCUCUGGGUGCUCCUGUCCCCCCCACAGUCCAGAGCCGUGCUGGUGGGCUCACUGGCUUCUGGGAAAAUGGUGUCUGUGCUGUGAGGGUCUGGCCUCCUGUCCAGGGAGUGCACGUGCCCAGUGCUUACUGGGAUGGGCUCUGGCUCGUCUCUGGCUCUGUACUGGAUAAAGCAGUUAGAUAGACUACAUCCUGUGUAUUUGUUUGACUCUUUCGUGUGCUGAUGUAAAUCGAUGAAGAGGUCAAAGGUUUUCAUCUCUUCUCUCUAGUUCCUAUCCCUGUAGAAAGCUAAUGGACCGGCGAGGUCGGAUCAUUAUUAAAAGGCACAGACAACCCAGACUUUUUAGCACAUCUCUAUUCUGUUCUCUUUCUAGAUAAAGCUUAUGACGAAUACUUCUAGAAUUAGUUCCCACACUGUAAGUGCUUUUUUGUGUUUUGUUUUUAGAGCAUUGCAAUACACAGGCUAUUAAAAAUACAGACAGCGGCGUCAGGUUCCGAGCACUUGGCGUUGUGCCGCCUGCCCCCCGCUGGCCAGACGGGGAACUGCGCUGGGGAGCGCAGAGAGGAAGGUCAGAGUCUGAAUUCAGGCUGACAUUCACCAGGGAAACGACUGACAAAGCAGAAUGAACAACAGCAUCGCCUGCCCGGGUUGACAGUGGGGGGGAGCUUGACCAGAGAUCAAUGCAAUCUCGCCGAGAUACCUCCCACGGAACGAGGUGUCAGAAAGAGAUAUACAGAGGUCUCGGUAGCGGUGGGAUCUAGGGCUCAAACACAGGGCAGGGGGGAGAUCUCUGAGCUUCACGCAGAAACGGUUUAAAGGCGAGUAAAACACGAAAUAAAGGUCCGUUUUUCUCCUCCGAGAAUGUAACGGAGGCGGCAACGAUUUUACCAUCAGCUGCCACAUCACUGACUAGCCAGGGGAAGCGAUGUCGUGAGGGUCCCGUCGUGCCUGUAGUGCCCGAUAGCGCAAAGCGGAGGCAGGCGGCGAGCGCAGGGCCAGUCUGAGCCGCGCUGUUGAGGGAGCAGCUGCCCCCGCAGCCGGAGAGACACCCUGCCGCCAGGGGGCGCUCUGCCCGUGAGCUCGGCGUGAUAAUAAUAAUAAUAAUUGCUUACAUUUAUAAAGCGCUUUUCUGGACACUCCACUCAAAGCG